UGAUUCAGAGAUCAGCGUUGACUGUGGUGGUCAGAGAAGGCUCCAUCUUGAAGGUUGAGGAGGGGGAGAAGGCCUCGUUCGAUGAGCACAAGUUACAGAGAGCAGGACUCUGGAUGCAGAGGAGUGGCUCAGAAGAUCGCUGUCAUCCCGAAUUGCAUCCUGCACUGCCACCCUCCCAGGUCGGUCCAGCCCAAGGAGGCCAGAUGUCCCAGAACGAGGAGUCAGGGUCACCCGCUGAGAAUCGAAACCUAGAGGAGCUUUCCAUGACUGCUGAACCCGCCACCUCCACCGAGCACAACCAGAUGGCAGACCCGCCUCCACCUUCGUCCCCUCCUCCUCCCAUCCUGGUGUCGGUGGCCACGGCUUCCCCCUGGUCCUUCCCGGCCGACCCGGAGCCUCCCGACCAGCCCGAAGCCAGCACCAGCGGCGACACCAAAGCCCGCUCCAACUCCAAGGAGGCCAUAGGUGAGGAGUUUUGCUUCCUGCUCUGUCACAGCUGUAAAUCAGAAUCCAAAUGUCCCAAGCUCCUAUCCUGCUUACAUACCAUCUGCUCUAAGUGCUUGGAGAGCCAUAAGCCGGCUGGGCAGUGUCCUAUCUGUCAGGAAUCCCAUGCCCAAGAGAACGACCUACACUCCAUAGACAAUCUCUUCUUUGAGAGCCUGCAGCGGCGGAUUUCUGUCUACCAAAACAUCGUCCAGGGUGGGGCCAAAGCCUCUUGUAACCGAUGUAGGGAACCUGCUGAUUUCUGGUGUUUCGAGUGUGAGCAGCUCAUCUGUACCAGGUGUUUUGAAGCACACCAGUGGUUUGUGAAACAUGAGGCAAGGGCGGUGGAAGAGCUGAGAAAAGAAUCUGCCAAGGAUUUCCUAGAUGGCACCCGGAAAUCCAACAACCUCUUCUGCCCCAACCCCACCCAUCGGACUCCAUCCAUUACCAGCAUCUACUGCCGAGGGUGUGCCAAACCCAUCUGCUGCACCUGUGCCCUCUUGGACAGCAGCCACAAGGACCAGUAUUGCUCCAUCAGCUCUGAGAUCCAACAGCGGCAAGAGGAACUGGUCAAGAUCACCAGGGACCUGAAGACCCAAGAGCAGAGCUUUGGUGAAGCCCAUGAUAAGAUCCAGGCAGCCAUCGGCCACCUGGAACAGGUGAAGAAGGAGACCAAAGAGCUGAUCCAUUCUCGGGUCCAAGUCAUGGUGGAGCAGAUCCAGGCCGAGGAGAAGGAGCUCCUGGAGACCGUGGAGGGUCAAUACCAGAAGAGCCACGAGCAGAUGGCGGGGAAGCUUCGGCACCUGAACAGCCUGCUUCAGCGCAUCCAGAAUGGCGAGCUUUUGGUAGAAAAACUGCAGCAUUAUGCCUCAGACCAGGAGGUCCUGGAGAUGCACACUUUCAUCCGGGAAGCUCUGGAAAACCUCAACAAGGAGAAGCCUCUGAACAUCCAGGCUGCCAUCAAGAUGGAAGAAUUUGAAGAUUGCAAGGCCAAACUCGAGGGUCUGUUUGUACGAGUCACGAAGGAGAAAGUUUCUGAAGCUGCUAACCUUGAGAAGGAAGACAAGAAGGAGGAACCCAUGGAGCCCACCACCAUCACCACAGACAGCGAUUCGCAAGAUGAGAAGUCGCAGAAACAAGGACACAUCACAGACAAUAACACUGAAGCACAGGAGCAACACCCUAGUGCCCAGUCAAGGAAGAGAAAAUCAGCCCAUGCCAACAAACUAACCCCACGGAAGGUGAUCAAGAAGGAGUAUGGGGAAAGAGGAAGGCACAAGAUUCAUAAGGUCUUCAAGCAAGCCCAGGCCAGCACCUCGGGAGCAAAUCAGCAUGCCAAGAUGGCUCUCCCCCACAACCCGGGUUCUGAAACGCGCUCCUCAGCAGAAUCCAACAGCAGCACCCGCUACGAGGAACUAGAUAAUCCAGUUGUGGUAAUCAGCAGCUCUGAAGAGACCGAAGAGACCGAGUCCUCCAGCGAUUUCGGAGACAGCAGUGACUCAGAUGAUCUUGUGGAGUGCACAGGCAGCACAAGGGCACCCUCCGGCCACCCCGUCGAUAACUGCAGAGACUCCAGUCAAGAAAACAGAGCUUUGGUGUUCUUUGAUCUCAAGGUUGACAGCAAAACCAAGAAGAUCAGCCAGCUGGCCGCUGUAAAUGGUGAGAGCAAUUUCCGUAUCAUCAUCCACCAGGAGGAGGCCCUUUUCAGCCUCUUUUCCAGGGGGGUUGCCAUUGAGGAUGGCCUGCAGAAUUUCCUCUGCUACCUCCGUUCUUCAUCCCACCCCAUUCUGGCUGGCUACAAGCUCUGGUCCCCCAAUCUUACUGUCUUCUUUAAGGCCCUAGAGACUUUCUCCAAAAAGGGGGAGUUCCACGAGACCAUCUCGGGGUUCCUGGAUAUCCUGCCCUUGAUCCGUGAUCGAGUGCCUGGGGCCAGCAGCUACAAGCUGAAGAGUCUGGUCAAGACCUACCUGUCAAGAAAUAUGAAUGACAACAGCGCCCUGGCCUCGGUCCGGGCCAUGCGAGACCUUUGCAAGAUCCUGCACAUCUACCUGGGCCAGAACAUCAGCCGCAAAGUACUCCCCUUCUCUAACCUGGACUGCUUUGCUUCCCUGCAGCCCCUGGUCCACGUCAGUGUCCUGACCCGCAACCAGGCCAAGCUGCUCGCCCUCCGGAAUGUCAGCCUCACAGAGCUGCAGGCGGCCUUCCACGAUGAUCCUGAGUGGGGACUCAGGAAAUACAGCCGCUACUUGGCCUCUCGGAGCUCUCGCUCACUCCCUUCCCUGCUGGGGCUUAGGAACUACCUCGAGAGCCUGCUGUCAAAUCCCAAGCCAGAGGGAAAGCAGGCUGGGGGUCCCAACCAGGCUCCUCCGGGAAAAGCCUCUUCCCAAACCAAGAAUGGUGAAUGAGCUCCACUGCAGGCCUGGGGGAUGGGAGGGAGAUGCCAUGUUCCUCCAGGCUCCACUGGCCAUGUUUCUGUCUCACUCUGCAAUCCAGUGUUCCCCAAAUCUCUAUUUAAAUGGGCUUUCCGUAUCCCUCCAUCUGCUUGGUCUAAAGGCCUCUGUGCAAUUUCAUUUGGAUGUCAUCCCCUUUCCCAACCCCCAAUCUAGGAGGGUUCUUUGGUAGACAGGGCAGAGACGCCCGAAAGGGAUCUCUUUAUAUGACCAGGCUGGAAAGGACCUCUGGGAAUAUGUGGGGAGCAGAGAGGUGGAAGAAAGGUAAUUGCACCUUCUAAUCCCCAGCUCACCCCCUCCUCAGGUUCCAACAUAAAAUAAACCAGGAGAGCCUCUUGCCGUAUAGGCCCAGGUCCACACUCCAGAUUAUCUAUCAGAAAGGCUAAAAGCUUCAGGACAGGUCAGCAGUCUCUCUUUGAAAGUCCUCCCUCAGCACUAGCCCAGAUUUUAUCCAACAGGCCUCCUCAGUUCCUUAGGGUUCAGAGACAGUUGCUUAGCCUCCCUGGUGGCUCUUUCUCACCCUCUCAGCCGCAGGUGCUGUUCACUCUGGACAGCUGUCUGAGACAUUCCAUUCCCAAAUGCCACCUGCCUGGGUGUAACUCCAAGUGCCUUUCAUACUGGAAUUGCUGCCUGUGCAUGGUAGUGGCUCCCCUUCCCUCUCUGCCCACCCUCAGCCUAUCCUUCCCCCAGGCUCAGCUGCUUCUGCUCUUCAUUUACAUAGGUACUUGCCACUUUUUUCUCUUCCUAGUCCAUAUUUACAUGGGAAUUGACUUAAGUCACAGACAAGGUACUGAGUAUUGGUGCCUCUUCACCUAUGACUUUCUUACUCUGUCCUUGAAAUAUUCUCCCUGCUUCCUCCUCAGAAUUCCCAGCUGCCUCUCUCCCAGCUCCUUCCACAACUCAUCUAGCUGGAAAUUCCCUGGGCCAAGAAUCAAGUUCCCUGGGGUACUUAGGCCUACUCUAGCGCUAUUCCUGAGUGACUUUACGCAAAUCACCUCCAUGGUCUGGGUCCAAGUUCCUUCAACUCUCAAAUGAGAGAAUUGGAGCAGAGUCCUCCCUCCGUAGCGGUGUGUGGUUCUAUGGUUCUGUUUAGCUGGGAAGAUGCAUGUUUUCUGAAGAUACCUGUGGCUGUCUUCAUGACUGCUCCUGUUGAAGGGGAUGCCCCCAAAUGGAUCCUUUGUCUUAGGGCAUCUCAGUUGCAGAGAUAUAGAAGGUCCUAACCAUUGUCCAUCUAUUUGGCAAUAGAGUGAAGGUCAGAGGCCAUCCAACUACUGGCUCACACUUACUGUAGAGGUGGCCUUUGGCCUUCUUGUCCCAGGUGAUCUUUUAGUAUGCAAAACAAAAACACACACACACAUACACACACACACACACACACACACACACACAUACAAGACAAGCCUAUUCGUGUAGCAUACAUUUCCCACCCCCCCCCACCCCCAGUCUUCAGUAAGUGGCUUCACAUGGGUUGGAGAAGCUCUCAUUGUAAGAAAUUCAGCAGCUGUGGCUGAUCAUGGACUUCUACAAAUGGGAAGUGACUUCUCUCUUAAUUCUCAACCGUCACCACACCAAUGGACCCCAGUUUUAGGAAAUCAGGUGGACAUCUGGAUUGACAUCCAAGAAAAAUAGAUGUGGUGGUAACUCACCUGACAAGAAAGAUACUUCUGUUUGCAGGAUCUGUAUGGCAUUCUUAUAUGGGUAAUGGACAUUGCUGGGCCUGGAUCUAGGAUUAACUUAUUGUGUCCUACUGGGCAAGUCAGCUCACCUCUCUGGGCCUCAUGGGUAAAUGGACAUAAGAAUAAUGUCCUACUCAUCUCUGACUUAACGUAGCAGCUGUGGGCAUUGGAUGAGAGAUGAGCUAAGAAACUGCCAUGUUGAUGCCAGGAAGAGUUUUAAUAGUGAGCUCCUUGGCACAUUUAAAACAGGUUCCAAAUUACUCAGAGAGGAUUCAGCUUCAAUCAUUGACAAGCAUAUUUUAAGGAACAUAGCUAUUUAAAGGCGGAGGGCACCUGCCUCACAAACGGAAGCUAUUUAUCAGGAAUUGGGGGCUUGGGUCAUGAUUCCAUGACAUGACUUCCAUUGAUACUGAAAUGAUUCCUGGCAUUCUCAGAAGGAAAGACAAAGAACCCUCUUUCCCUCUCAGUGACCUAAUUCACAGUGUGGACUUCAGCAUUUAGCAAUUCCAUUGUCACCUUGGGACUUUGUGUUUUCAGAUUUGCAAAUACUAUGUGAUAAUAUUUACACCAGAAGAGUGGUUUACUGUUCUUCCUCUACCUUCACAUCUUAAAAUAAAUCCAUGGGUCCUAAAGGCUGAGCUCAUAGGUAGUUGACUUUGCCCAGUUCAUGAAGAGUGAGAGACCUCCCCUCUCUUUAAUACCCUUUAUCUUUGCCUAACCACAACCGCCUCUGUAAUGUGGGAGGGCAAAAUCUGGUUUUUAGAACAGAACUUUUCUCCUUUGGGCCAAAAUCCUCACUCUGAUGUUUGUAAAUUGUUGAAAAUCUAGAGUUCUUCAUCUCUUCCCACACCACAAACUAGCUCCUCUUCCUGACUUCCCAAUUCUGUUAGUGGGACCACCACUGUGCUGGUCUCUAGAGAAUGGCUACAACCACAAAGGCUGUCCUGAAAGACCCAAGUCAUCUACCCAGGCCAAGAACAGACUUUAAUGGUAUCUGUUCCUGGUUAAGAAGUAGUCGGUAAAUUCUUGUUUGGAAUGAUGGAUGGUAUAUGUUUUUUCCUGCACUAAUGCUUAGCAGAGGCUGGUGCCUGUAUUGUUCUUGUAUCCUAUUGUUCAUUAUAGUAAGAUUUGUUCAUUUGUGCAUGUACUCAUCUGGCUGUCCAGAUCCAAGAGGAGAAGGAGUCUGUCCCUCCUCAUUGGCCUACAGAUCAUUUCAUGUUAAUAUGGGGUAGGCCUGGGGGAAUAGGCAGCCUAAGGUGAGGGUGGGGGGCAGGGGGUCCUUGUGAACUGACCAAUUGCCACUGUCAGUGAUCUGUACUGGUUGAUGCUUCUAUUAAGGAUGCUUCUUCCUCUAUUAAAAUUCUAAUUAGUAGUGGAAUUAGAUCAUUCGACUGCAGCUUUUAUCCUGUUCAGUGUAGAGUCCUCCUGGUCAGAUAAGCCUGUUAUAUAUCACAAAGUUGGGCACCUUAGGACCCCAGGGCUCCAAUAUCUGUGUAUCUUUGUUCUAUUAUCGCCAUUAAAUGAUUUAACCCUU